GGUCCUAGAAAUUCGUACCGAAUCUACAAUAAAAUCGUCGAAUGUCCCCCCCGCGACAAACCCCUUCAUUACCAGCUUAAGCCUUGUCGAAUUCCCUCCUCAAUAAUACCUGGCUAUUCAGGGGGCUUAAAAAACGCUUGGACGUCCGGUUUGUCCAAGAGAGACGCCAAGAGCCUCUCGGCGUGGAUUCGAGGGCCAUCGGCACCCAGCUGGGCCAGCAAAUACAGCUCGGGGCUCAAUCCUGCCUCAAGCAAGUGAUGGCGCAUGCCUUCGUUCUGGACCAAGUGGUCAACGCACGAAAUGGCCUGGAUCUUGUGGAUAUCGCUCUCGUCGCCGUUGCCAAGCGUCGUGACGACGGCUUUGCAAAAGCUGCCACAAACACAUUGGACAUCGUCGUUGUCAGUGUUUUUGCCCAAUUCCAUCACUAUGGCGGUGACCAAUUCGCGCUCGGUGAGAGUGCCUUGGCAGGCCAGCUUGGCGAGGCCGUUGAUACCAGUGCGCAGCGACGGUGAUUUGACGACAAGCAAGUCUUUGAACCUCUCCAGGCCAGCCUCGAUCAACGCACCAGACUUACGCCGGAACCAACUGGAUCGACGGGGGCUGGAUGGGGGCGACAUCGAAGACAGCUCGUGCGAAAUGGUGAGGUAAGUGGAGGCCCGUGUGAGAGUAGUCGCACCAUUGGAAAGGGUCGGUUUGGGCACCGGUUGCUCCAUAAGAGACAUGAGGGGGUCGUGGUAAGCAGGGACAAGGGCAAUGAAGCUAAAGCAGUCCAAUGCAUACGUGACUUCGAGAGACGUUCCGUGCCACAACGACCGCAUGAGCUGCAAGAGGAGGUCUUUGGUAACUUCGACCAUUUCCGAUUUGACUGGAUGGGUGUCGGGGAGAGGCAACACAUGAGUGAACGCGAGUAGUAUGUGCAGCGCGUUCCGUUGUUCCAAAGGAGACCCUUUCACACGCGCCGCGGACACCAAUUUGUCGGCAAUGUCGAUUUGAUGAUGGUCCAGAAACAAACUGAACAAGAGACGCACAGACAAGCUGGUUUCCGAGAGCGUUGGGUCGCGACAGGCUUGGCGAAGCAGUGGAGGGACUCCGCUGAAUGUAAUGAACAGCUCCAUGGAUACUUUGUCGUUGCUCGCUGCAUGGAGUACGUCUAUCGUGGCAUUUGCUUCGUCCACCGUCCCGCUCAAGAGAUGACGAAUGUGACCCUGCAUGACCUCCGAAGUCAACGAAACUGGUGGCGCCACCGGUGGUACUGCUGGCUCGGCUUUUGUGAUUUCCUCUCGUGGUAGUGAGCGUGGAAAUGGCCGGUCAGCGGUGGAGGGGGCACUGGCUCUCGUCGUCCGCUUCUGGGACGCGACCGAGGACCGAGGUUGUCGGAUCAUCGUUAGAUUGGUGUUGGAUG